AGGUAACACCGCUGUUAUAUAACCUUCACGCUCCGACGCCACUCUUUUCUUUACUCCUCGUGACCAGUCAAAAUUCUGCAGAAAUGUCGAAGAAAAACAGAAAAACCAGACUGGGUCGAGUUCUGAUGAAAAGAAAAAGGGAAGACUCAGACAACGAAGGCGCCAACGAGUCGGAACAGCCUCCACCUCCCGUCAGAUCCUCAGACGAACCGAUUCCAAAAAAGCGUAAAUGGGUGAAUCGUCAGAGAGUAUUGGUUUUUGCUGCCCGAGGUACAACACAGAGGGAUCGUCAUUUGAUGAACAACCUGAAAUCUGUCAUGCCGCAUUCCAAGGAUGAAAACAAAAUCUCAAGAAGGGAGCAUUUGGCUGUAAUAAACGAACUGUGUGCUAUGAAGAAUUGUAACAAAUCAGUGUUUUUUGAGGCUCGUAAGAAACAAGAUUUGUAUGCGUGGAUUUCAAAUGUGCCCAAUGGACCCUGUGCUAAAUUUCUUGUGCAAAACAUCAUAACAAUGCAAGAACUUCGAAUGACUGGCAAUUGUUUAAAAGGAUCCAGGCCUCUUUUAUCUUUUGAUGCCAAUUUUAGCCAAUUACCUCAUCUAGCUCUCUUAAAAGAGCUUUUUAUUCAGGUGUUUGGUGUACCAAAUCACCAUCCAAAGAGCCAACCCUUUGUUGAUAGAGUUAUUUCUUUUGCAUAUUUGGAUAAUCGAAUAUGGUACAGACAUUAUCAAAUUCUUAAAGAGGAUGGAGCACUUGCAGAAAUUGGUCCCAGGUUUAUUUUGAAUCCAAUCAAAAUAUUCGACAGCAGUUUUACUGGCAAUGCACUAUGGGAAAACAAGCACUAUGUGACACCAAAUUUGUUGCGUAAGCAAAUCGCAGCCAAAGCCGGUAUGAAAUAUGUCAACCGCAAAUUCCAGAAAGAGCGCGCCAUUGCUUCAAAACUGCUUCCCAAGACCUCUUUUGAAACGCGUCCUGAAGACGAAAUCUUCGAAGGCGAUGCGCUUGUAAAAGCUGCAGAAGUAGUCGGCGAAGAGCUCCCUGAAGAUGUGCUCCCAUCAGAAAAAAAUGAAGAAAGGCAAAAGGAUCCUAUCGUCUCCUUCAAAAAACCAAAAAGAGGAGGUGUGAAGAAGAGGAAAGCAAUUGCCAAUGCAAAAAAGAAACUCGAAGCAAUGGCUGAAAAAAAUGGCCAGGCUAAUGGAUUUCAAGUCGUAGACUGUAAAUAAUUUUAUACAAACGUAUUUUAUUGAAUAAAGAAAUUUUAUUAAAAAGUC